CAGAGCAGAGAGGAGGACAGAGAAGGGGAGGAGAUUUAAAUGGCCAGCUUGUGAAAAGGUAGUGUGGGGGCAAUUAGGAGCAAGAUCGGAGCUCAGAGCAGGACUGAAAACUGAAACUGUCGGUGCAACUUGACGCAUGGAUCGUCACACGUUUUUGGACUGAAUAUACUGCUUUUAUUUUUACUUUGUGCACUGAAUAUGCUCUGCCACUAUUUCAUGUUGUAGAGUCGUUUUAGGAUGUGUGCUUUUGAUUUUUAAUGUGAAUUUAAAUACUUUUUUGUUUGUAUUGUGUUGCCGCAGCACUUCCAGUUCGCCUCUGGGACCUUAUUCAUUGGCACAAUCCACUUCAUCAGGUUACACGCGGCAGCGGAGCUACGUGACUGCACUCAUUCUCAGCGUUACUGAACCGGGAACGGAUGAGUUGGAAAUUCCCGGUCAGUAGGCCUAUCUUUUUUUCUUUUCUGAGUAGUUUGGCCCUUUUGUUGGAUUGUUUUAUUGAGUGUACCGGGGGCCAUCAACCUCUCUCCACUCGCAGACAUCGCGAAAUGAAACUCGGUCUUGUCAUCCAGACUGCGGUGGCGCUUUAUCUGCUGCUCUCACCUGCACAGGUACCAGACGAUUGCUUAGCCAGACACAGUGACUUCCUGGAUUCUUGUCAUCACAGUGAGGUCAGGAAACCAGCUGAGACUCCAGGAAGUAACAGCUACCAGCCAAGAAAUGAGUCUUCCCUUGUCAAGCAUAACCAAUACAACUGAAGUGUUGAUGUUCCAAGAAGUGUGGGGCCGCAGCUUCUGCCGGACCAUUGAGAAGCUGGUGGAGGUGGUGCAGGAGUACCCGACAGAGGUGGAGCACAUCUACAGCCCCGCCUGUGUGCCGCUGGUGAGGUGUGCAGGUUGCUGUGGGGACGAAAACCUGGAGUGCCAUCCCACCCACACCACAAACGUCACCAUGCAGCUGUUGAAAAUCAGGCCAUCAGAGCCAGGUCAAGAAUAUGUUGAGAUGACGUUUAUGGAGCAUCAGACAUGUGAAUGUAGAGUCAGGAAACCUAUUGUGAAGGUUGAAAGGAAAAGGCAAAGAGGAAGAGGAAGAAAAAGAAAGGACAGACAAAAAACAAAAGAAUGUGACAGGUGCCAGAACCCUCGCAGGUAACUGCAGUGGCGACCCAAACCCCCAGUUGCAGUGUGGCUCACUAUUUAUUUCCAACCCAGCAUCCAGAGUCUCCUUCGCUCAUCUAUUAAUAUUGUGUCUGCAGCCAGAGACUCAAACAGCUGGGUUGUUUUGCUGACAUGCCGUCCUGCUGAUGGGCAGAGUGUUUAAUGACAAGCUUUAACCGGAAGUGUGAUUUGAUUGGUGGAAACACUGCUGUUACACACCUGACACAAUGGACAUCCUGGGAGCCAGUGCAAUGUUGAACCAAACAGGCCGACGCCUUCUCUUUUAUACAAGUUAUUACUGCAUCAGUUAUUGUAAUUUGGUCAUUUCUUUGGUAUUUAAAGGUGGUUACACUUGUUUAAAAUCUAUAUUUAUUGAUACAUCUGAAUAUUUGGACUAGCAGCCUUUAAAAAGUGUGUCGUUUUUUGUUUGAACAUUAUUUGAAAAGCCUUGACUUGUCAUAGCAUUAUAUGUCGGACAGUUGGUGUGCAGCUGCUUUGAAUGCAAUAAUGAAAUGUUUCCCUCUAGUGUUUGUGGAAACAGCUUUCAAACGUAUUUGUUUCUAGGUCAACGAUAAGAAUAAGAUUAGACAUAAGACAGUGUUGUCAGUCACAAUCAAUCACUUCAUCAGCUAUUGGAAUCCUCUAUCACAUAUGGUUUAACUUGCAAGAACAAUAUAAAAAAAAACGAUCAACUGAAGACAUGUCCGCAGAAGAUUGUGUAUGAAUAAAUGACUGAUAUAUACAAUUCUCAAAAAUCUAAAAGUUCUAAGUUCUAAUCUAUCUCUCUUUCUCUAUUGUCGUGGAGGGUUCGGUCACAUCAGAUAAUUAUCAGUAGAUCAGUUUCUAGGCUGCAGAAGGGAUGUGGCAAACCCAGUAGGAAGGCAGACCAAUACUACAGUAACCAAUACUCAAGCAGUAAUUUGGAAUUGAUGCCUAUUAUAGAUUAUUAUUAAAAUUGUUGUUGUUUUUACUGUGAUUGCAAGUUUCUCACAGAUAUAUAAAAACUUUGCUGUGCUUUGUGCAGUUAAACUGCACACAUGCCUCUACCCUGGUGACACAAGACUCCCAUUAUAAGCCCACACCACAGGUGUCUUCCAGUCUGUUUUGGAAACACUGCAGUAAGGAAGGGAUCAAUUGAAGUAGUUAUGUAAAAUGAUGUCCUUUUAUAAUAUUAUUUUAGAUUUAAGGAAAAUAUAUGAAAAUGUACAAAGUAACAUUUCUACUGCGCUAGUAUUUUUAUUUCAUUUAAAUAUUUAUUUUGUAAUUAAAUUGUUAUGGUUGUCA